GGGCAACAGAGUGAGACCCUGUCUCAAAUUUAAAAAAAAGAAAGAAAUCAAGAAUGCGUUAUGAAAUGUGAGACUGAAGUCUACCUGUUUGAGGUUUCCUUUUAGUAUUAUUGAGCUAUCUUAUUUCCUUUGACUAAACUACAUAUGACCAUUGCUAAAUUAUUUUUGACUGGCAAAUAAUAAUUUGCUUUGUUAUUCAGAUUUCUAAGCCAAUCAUGACCUUUCAUAGAAACAGUGAAUUUGAAAACAAAUGGAUGAUGGGACAAAGCAUAAAACUAGGGAUGUAUAAAUAUUAACCAAUGCUGUAUUAAGCAUUUUUAUAUAUCUCCUAUGUCCUUUGAUAAUGUCACUCUGCGACAUCAAGCAAAAGAUAGAAUUCCUGUCCAGAAGUAUAGUUUGAAAACAUGUUGAUAUUGCUUAUUCAGUUGCUUAUGCAAUUUCUUUAAGAGUUUGGUGUUCUUUUAUUCUAUAAUCCAAAAAUAUUAUGAUUUUGGGGUAUAAAUCUAUAGGACAGAAAGUCUUUGCAUGGUAGAUUAACUUUCUCAUAAAUCCUUUGAAACUCUUCUGCUUAAAACUUGUAACUUACGAACUUUAUGGAUAGGGACAAAGUAUACUCCAGAGCAAGGGAUUUAGCUGUGCUGGUCACCAACAGAGGAAUAUUUUCAACUCGGCCAUUAUUAUUAUUUAUAGCAUGUUUGUUGUAGUGCAUUGUUUUGAGGCAUUCUGUAUUACAAAUCCCAUUUUUGUCCCUGAAAGCAAUGCUAGUGAUAGAUUAAUGGGCACAAAAGUAGAAAUUGUGUAAAAAUGUGAAAGUGAGAAACUUACACUGAUUAGAUAUAUCAUUGGAAGAUAAGAAUGAUUAUGACGGACAGUCCAUGAUGUGUGACAAAAGAUGUACCCAUGCAGUUGACAGUCAGCCAGAGGUGAAGACAUGUGACUGACUGAAACGGUUUUGGCAGAGGAUUGUGGUUAAAGUGGAAUGCCUGUUUAGUCAAAGGUGAAGGUUAGGAUUUCAAGAACUUUAAGCAUGGUGAAUUAAAGUGCUGCUGUGGAAACUUACCAAAAACCACAGCUGGCACCAUGGGUUCAAGGCCUUUUCUAAUCUGCAGGUGAAGCUCUGAUAGGGAUUCCUUAGCUGCCAGAGGUUACCUCCCUUCUCCUGUUGGUGAAGAUUGUGUCAGGGAGGGGUUGCCUGCCUCAGCAGAUAUUCAUUAUAAACAAACAGGGCAGUUUUUAAAAUGCCCAAAAUAUUCAACUAGGAGGAAAUACUGACCCCAUAAAACUAAAUCUCACACAUGGUUUUGGACGUUUAAACUAAUGGAUUUAACAGCCUUUUGGAAUUCAGCCUGUUUGUCAUGACUCUCCAAAGUAUGAUAAUCACAUGAGAGUGCUCAUUGCUAUGGAUGUCUUUUGAUUCAUCAGAGAUUUUUUUUCCAAAAGAAAAUAUCCAUGUGACCAAAUCCAUUUCAUUAUUGAAUGGCUUGAUGGAUUUCCUUUACUCUGAUUCAUACCAAAGCUGUCCUUCUCAACCAAAGCAAGAAAGGAUCCUGCAUGAGUCAAUCCCAGAAUUUUUUUUUUACAUCACCAACAGGUGAAGAAAACCUCAUGAAUAGCAGUCACAGAGACUCGGAGAGCAUCACUGAUGUCUGCUCCAAUGAGGAUCUCCCUGAAGUUGAGCUGGUGAGUCUGCUAGAAGAACAACUACCACAGUAUAGGCUAAAAGUAGACACUCUCUUUCUAUAUGAAAAUCAAGACUGGACUCAGUCUCCACACCAGCAGCAACAUGCAUCUGAUGCACUCUCUCCAGUCCUUGCUGAAGAGACUUUCCGCUAUAUGAUUCUAGGCACAGACAGGGUGGAGCAGAUGACCAAAACUUACAAUGACAUCGACAUGGUUACACAUCUCCUGGCAGAGAGAGAUCGUGAUCUGGAACUCGCUGCUCGAAUUGGACAAGCUCUCUUAAAGCGGAACCAUGUCUUAUCUGAGCAGAAUGAAUCCCUGGAGGAGCAAUUGGGACAAGCCUUUGAUCAAGUUAAUCAGCUGCAGCAUGAGCUAUCCAAGAAAGAUGAGUUACUUCGAAUUGUCUCCAUUGCCUCUGAAGAAAGUGAAACUGAUUCCAGCUGUUCUACACCUCUUCGGUUCAAUGAGUCCUUUAGCUUAUCUCAAGGGUUGCUGCAGUUGGAAAUGCUGCAAGAAAAGCUCAAGGAACUGGAAGAAGAGAAUAUGGCUCUUCGAUCCAAGGCUUGUCACAUAAAGACAGAAACUGUUACCUAUGAAGAAAAGGAACAACAACUUGUCAGCGACUGUGUUAAAGAACUUCGUGAAACAAAUGCUCAGAUGUCCAGAAUGACUGAAGAAUUGUCAGGGAAGAGUGAUGAGCUGAUUCGAUACCAAGAAGAGAUUUCCUCUCUUUUGUCGCAGAUUGUAGACCUUCAGCAUAAACUUAAAGAACAUGUGAUUGAGAAGGAAGAACUAAAACUUCACCUGCAAGCUUCCAAAGAUGCCCAACGACAGCUGACAAUGGAGCUGCACGAGUUACAAGACAGGAAUAUGGAGUGUCUAGGAAUGUUACAUGAAUCUCAAGAAGAAAUAAAGGAACUUCGUAGUAGAUCUGGCCCUGCCGCUCAUCUCUACUUCUCCCAAUCAUAUGGAGCUUUUACUGGGGAAUCCUUGGCAGCUGAAAUUGAGGGGACUAUGCGUAAAAAGCUGAGUUUGGAUGAGGAAUCUUCUCUCUUUAAACAAAAAGCCCAACAGAAGCGGGUGUUUGAUACCGUCAGGAUUGCCAAUGACACACGGGGCCGCUCUAUCUCGUUCCCAGCUCUGUUACCCAUUCCAGGCUCCAACCGUUCAAGUGUCAUCAUGACAGCAAAACCUUUUGAGUCUGGUCUUCAGCAAACAGAGGACAAAUCACUCCUGAACCAGGGGAGCAGCUCAGAGGAAGUUGCAGGGAGCUCCCAGCAGAUGGGCCAACCAGGACCCUCUGGAGACAGUGAUUUGGCUACAGCACUGCAUCGCCUUAACUUGCGUCGACAGAACUAUUUAAGUGAGAAGCAGUUCUUCGCUGAAGAAUGGCAGCGGAAGAUCCAGGUUCUGGCUGACCAGAAGGAAGGGGUUAGUGACUGUGUCACCCCGACAGAGAGCCUUGUCUCUCUCUGCACCAACCAGUCAGAGAUCACAGACCUCAGCAGCGCCAGUUGCCUUCGAGGUUUUAUGCCAGAAAAAUUACAAAUUGUCAAGCCCCUUGAAGGAUCACAAACUCUGUAUCACUGGCAGCAGCUUGCUCAGCCAAACUUGGGAACCAUCCUUGAUCCACGACCAGGUGUCAUUACUAAAGGCUUUACCCAGUUGCCCAGGGAUACCAUUUAUCACAUCUCAGAUUUAGAAGAGGAUGAAGAGGAGGGUAUUACUUUUCAGGUUCAGCAACCUCUUCAAGUGGAAGAGAAACUGUCAACAUCCAAGCCAGUAACGGGGAUCUUCCUACCACCCAUUACUUCAGCAGGUGGACCAGUUACAGUUGAACAAUAUGAAGGCAAUGCAGCCAGGCACAAACAUGCAGUUGGAAAAGGAAAGAGUGUUUUAAUAGUCUUUUCAGUUGCAACCGCCAAUCCAGGAAAGUGCCUGUCAUGCACAAACUCAACAUUCACUUUCACCACCUGUAGAAUAUUACAUCCCUCUGACAUCACUCAGGUUACCCCCAGCUCUGGGUUCCCUUCAUUAUCCUGUGGAAGUAGUGGUAGCAGUUCAUCCAACACGGCUGUGAAUUCUCCUGCCUUGUCCUAUAGACUCAGCAUUGGUGAGUCCAUCACCAACCGACGAGAUUCCACUACAACCUUCAGUAGCACCAUGAGCUUGGCCAAACUUCUACAAGAACGAGGCAUCUCUGCCAAAGUGUACCACAGCCCAAUUUCAGAGAACCCCCUCCAGCCUCUCCCUAAAUCUCUGGCUAUCCCUUCCACACCACCAAAUUCACCAUCUCACUCACCUUGCCCUUCUCCUUUGCCCUUUGAGCCUCGAGUGCAUCUCUCUGAAAAUUUUUUGGCCUCUCGACCAGCUGAGACAUUUCUCCAGGAGAUGUAUGGCUUGAGACCCUCCCGGAACCCUCCUGAUGUUGGCCAGUUGAAGAUGAAUUUAGUGGACAGGCUGAAGAGACUGGGGAUAGCCAGAGUGGUCAAGAACCCUGGUGCCCAAGAGAAUGGAAGAUGCCAGGAGGCAGAAAUUGGUCUUCAAAAACCAGAUUCUGCUGUUUAUUUAAAUUCAGGUAGCAGUUUAUUAGGUGGACUAAGGAGGAAUCAGAGUCUUCCAGUCAUAAUGGGUAGCUUUGCUGCCCCAGUUUGCACAUCCUCACCCAAAAUGGGUGUCCUGAAGGAGGACUGAGGUUCAGCAGUUAACUGACCUCUUAUACAAAUUAGCACAUGAGGGAUAGAUACGCACUGAAACAUGUAGUCUGGUCUGACUUGAGAGAAAAGGAAUGUUGCACAAGGGUUGUGAAUGUGAAAGGGGGAAUGGAGGAAUGGAAAUAAAAUUGGGAUGAGCCCUAAUGGAGGAAGUCGGGCAAAUUGAAAGUAUAAAUGAAUGGGCCAUGAGUGUUCAGAGGCAGGAAAGAAAGGUUUAAUAUACUCCUUCAGUUGAGUUUUCUUGUCUUGAAAAUAAAAAGUGAAUAAAAAUAAAUUUAGUAAUACUAAAACAUACAGAGAUACUGAACUUCCUGGCACAUUUACUUCUGGUAAGCAUAAAGCAGAGAGAACCCAGGUUAGAAGGAUGGGAAGAGAAAAGGAGUAGCUUUAUUGCUUACAGAAAGCCAUUCUGAAGGGUUGGUGGGGUAAGCUCAGUCUAUUACUGAGACAAUAGUGAGAUGGCUUAUAUGUUUCCCCUGUUAAUAUCUGGUUAAAUUAUACAUCCAUCAAAUGAUAUGCUCGCAGCAUUAGCAAAAUUAGGAGUUUCAUCUUUUUCAUUGAAUCAUAGGUGGAGACUCCUGUUUUCCUUUCUGUUUUCAGGCCUUUGAGCCCCUGGGAGCCCAAAUACCACUCAAUUAUUUUGUAUUUAUGAUUAAAAAAAGUUCAUUUUUUAAAUUUGUAUUUUUAUACAACCUCCAAAAAAAAAAAAAACUGGGUAGUGCAUGGGAGGGAUUUACUUUUAAGAAGCAAAAUGUGAGUAAAUUGGAACCAAGAAAACUUGUUUUUAGAAUAUUUCUUCUGAAUAAGUGCAGUAGCCAAGGAAUACAAACGUAAUUGCAUGUUUUUAAAAAUUCCUUGGAGGCUGGAAGGGGUUAAGCCAGAAGUGCAAUCAAUAGGAAUUAGGGAAUGUUUUAUAUUUAUAUAUGUAAAAUUUUUUGUGAGAAAAGUUGGUUGCAACUAAACCAACUUUUUCCAAAGUGCGCUAUGCAUAUUUUUAAUGAAAGAUGACAUGUAUUUGCACAAAAAUUCUCAGGCACAUUAAAUUAUUAUAAACUGAAGUAAAACCCAGGUGCUUGCUUUGAGAUUGUGGUUUUUUUUCCCUAAUGUCAAAUAAAAUAAAACACAUCUGCCUUCUUGAUAUUUAUAGAAUUAGAGAAUAAACUUUUUAAUGGGGGAGUCAAAGCUUUUUCUUUUUCUCUAAGGUUCUUUUUUUUUUUUUUAAUUCAAACUGUAUGAAAUGGCAAAGUGAGGCUCUGGGGUUAGGUUUCAGCAUUCAGCAGUUGACACAGGCUAAGAAAUGGAAAGAAGUAGAUCUGUUUUUUUUCAAUGUUGCUGAGCAAAGUCUGCUUCUCAUCAGAUGACGUGGCUUUGUCUAGACAACACGCUGCUCAGAAAGAAAUGUCUUUAUACAAAAGACAUGAUAGAGAAAAGAUGAGACAGUGGACUAAUUAUUUUGUUUAUGAAAAUGGCAAGUAAAUUACUUAAUCUUUUUGGUGCUUAAUUUGCAAAUGUUUUGUUCCUUUGUCCUGACUUAAAGGCUAUUUUCUGAAGAACUCUUGACUCUUGCUCCUGUGGUUCCCGUAGGCACACCUAUUCCCAGGCCAAGGAGAGUCCUUCCUCUCCCCUUUUGAGGCAUCCCCGCCACCCCCCCACUUAGAGCUAUGUGCUCAAAAAAGCCAACAUGAAUGCAGUGGUAAAAAUGUGUUCGUUUCUUAUACUUUUUAGAAUCUCUUAAUAAAAUUUUUCUAAAUAAAUUCUGCAAAAACAAAGGAUGAAGAUGGUCUCUCCCUUUCGUUCCCCUUCACUCAGUUGUGCUGAGGUCAAUAGAGCGUACACAUUCAGAAAGGAUUCCAGCAGGUUUAUAUGUGAAUAUAAGUGUCCCUGAAUGGGGCAGGCAUUAAAUAGAAGAAUCCCUGCUGUUUAAAUUUCCCACAUAUUCCAAUUCACUUUUUAAAAAUACCAUUUGAAUUUGUGUUUCAUAGAGUGACUCUGGGGUGCUUACUUUAGCCAAUUCUUAAAAUUUUUUAUUUGUUCCCUAAGAAAGUAAUUAGUGUUUCUGUUGCCUGAACAGUUACAGUUUCCAAGAAACAUCAGGAAGUAGGAAACUGUAGGGCCAGAGAGUAGUACAAAGUUAAAUUGUCCGAUUUAUGUGUAUUACAUAAAGCUAUAAAUUGAACUAGAUUUUGCCGUGCUCUGUACUGAGUAUAGUUUGUAUACUUUUUUAUAAUUAAUGACUAAAUGAUCAUUUUGAAGGCAGGGUGGUGGGGGUGUGUUAGCAGCCAAAUAAGGACAUCUGAUUAAAAAGAACCAGACUUAGAUUUUUUUAAAGUACGCUGAUGUUGAUGUUCCACCAGAAACACCUUAAUUGUAUACUGAUGUGUAAUGUCUCUAGAAAUGAAUCCUGUCUUAAAACUGGGUUUUGCUGUUUUUUGAAGUUUCUACCUAAAAUCAUUUUUGCUAUAUCCUGAUAAUCUCUAUAAUACUAGCAUUUUCUGCAAAAUAUAGUAAGAAGAAUUGGAGCCUAAUAGCUGGUUCCUCCCAAUUUAUCUGUUAUGUUUUGGUACUAUUCACAUUUUAGUUUUUUCUGUGAUAAAAAUUGUAUGUAUACUUUCAUGCCAGUAUAGGAAACCUCAAUCUUCUUUUUUUUUUUUUUUCCUUUAAGAAGGUUUUCAGUGAUUAUACCUCAGGUAUUUCUGAGUGUCCUAUUAUCUAGUAGGAAAAGUAUCUUCCUGAGCUCAGAAUUUAAAGUUCUCCUAAAUUAUGAAGAUCCCAAAUCUUAUGUAAAUAACCUUAGGCAUGAGUCCUUAGGGAGAAGUUAAUGACCGUUGUUAAAGUACUUUUUUAGAAAAUUUUGUGGUGUAUGUUCUUGAUUUGACAUAAAUGGAUAGACUUUGGCAAGAGAGGAAAUAAGUUACAAGGCAGCUUACAAGAGCCUGUUCUCGAUAAAAGGUAUAAUUUUACACAGUACUCAAAGCUUGUUAUCUUUUCUGACCAUUUUAGUACAGAAUUAGUACUUGGUGGUUACUAACAUCGACUUGCGACAUCUCGAACUGGGGCUGUUAGUGUUGAGUGGGCCACUUCUCUGAUGUCAGAUGCAUGCAGACCUGUACUCCACAUGCAGCCCAACAGCAGCGCAGUGUGAUAACCGAGUGGUGGCAUGGCAGAGCACAUCCCCCGCAGAGUGGGCAACUAGGGCAGCCAGGGGAAUACUAUUGUUCGAUACCUGGGAUUUGACUUUGUCAGACAGCUCUUUGUGCACCUAUCUUUGUUUUGUCAAAUGUAAAUCAGUUAAUAAACAUGAGUAGCUUAAAUUUUCA